AUGAGCUGGAUGGAGGAGUUGUCCUUAAACCUGCAACUUCUGGCACUUUCCGGCAUUGUUGAGCCACCGUUUGUUUCUGGCAGCCUUUGGAAGAGGUCUCUGUUCUCGCUGUACAUGGUGACAUCGGUUCUCGUGUUCAUACCCGUGCUACUUGGGGAACUGCUGGCCUUGUACCACUUCUGGGGAGAUCUCGUGGUCAUCACCAACAACGUGUUUACUUUAGUUGGGAACCUCACUUUCUACGGAGAGGCACUCUACAUUAUCGCCCGUAGGGGGGAAUUUAUGAUGCUCAUGAAGAAGCUCCAGGACAUGCUGGAGCACAUGCCUAGGCCUGGCGCUGAGCAGAAGAUGAUCGCUGAAAAGGCCACGAAACGCAGCCGGGUUCUCACUUGGAGCAUGCUGGUCAUGGUGUACAUGGUGCCCUUCAGCUGGAGCAUGUCUCCUCUUGUCGGCAUGCUCUUCUCGAACGGCGAAGACAUUCCAGAGAAAUCCGUUCUGCUUGAGGACGAGGUUGAGGCAUUCUGGAAGAGCCUUAUAUCUGUUAUGUGGUUGCCUCUACAUGACAUAGAGUCCCCUGUCAAGGAGAUUAUUUACGUAUGCCAGGUCUUUGUGUUCCUCAUCACGGCAACCUACUACAUUUCGGUGAACACCGUGUUCGUGUCCUUCAUUGUGCAAACCACUGGCCAGUUCGAGAUCCUCCUAGCCACAGUGCAUGAAAUGGAUGACGCCGUGGCGUCAUGGGACCUCGCGCCUCCUGGAGUAACUGGGGACUCCACGGAUACUGUUCUAGUGGAUGUGUUCGGGAGUAAGGAAACCAAGACAAUGGCGCUGAGGUGGUUGCAUCGAAGUGACGACCCGAGCAAACUGCGCUCCUACUUUCUGGAUGUCAUACGUCAUCAUCAGGCAAUCAUCGGAUUCUCCAAACAACUGAACGACUUACUCAGUCCACUGCUCUUCAUCUAUUUCUACAGUGCCCAAAUUAUGAUGUGUGUCAUGGCCUUCCAGAUGGUGCUCACUUGGGGGCAACAAAACAAUUUUCUUAAAUUCCUCUUUGGGCUCCUCUGCGUUCUGGCCGGUCCUUUCUUCUUCUGCUGGCAAGGAAACGCCCUCAUUGAGAAGAGCGCGGAAGUGGAGCGCGCUGUGUCCGGGUCUGGGUGGUAUAACCGCUCGGAGAGCUUCAAGCGGAUGGUGCGAUUAGUUAUUGCGAGGGCCCAGCGCCCAGUCAGUCUCACGGCGGGAAAACUGUACAUUGUGUCCAUGGAAACGUUUGCUAAGAUGCUGAACACGGUGUAUUACUAUUUCGCAGUGCUGAAGCAACUUCAUGAGAAAUGAUGUCAUAACAAGGCAGCUUGAAAGCAGAG